AUGUGUGGCGGCGACAUCAGAGCCUCUGUUUUACAUGGAGCAAAAGAUUUGCGCGUGGAAUCGCGAGAUUUGCCAGCCCCCGAACCGACUGAAGUUCAAGUCGCAGUCAAAGCUACUGGCCUCUGUGGCUCCGAUUUGCACUAUUUCAACCACUACCGAAAUGGCGACAUCAUUUGCAAAGAGCCUAUGGCCCUAGGUCAUGAGUCCGCAGGAGUUGUCACAGCUAUAGGCUCGGAAGUAACCACGCACAAGGUCGGCGAUCAAGUAGCACUUGAGGUUGGCUUGCCCUGCGAGGCUUGCGAUCUUUGCAAAGAGGGCAGAUACAAUAUUUGCAAGGGUAUGAGAUUUCGCAGUUCCGCAAAGGCUUUUCCACAUUUCCAAGGAACUCUGCAAGACAGAAUAAACCACCCUGCUAAGUGGGUGCAUAAACUGCCCGAAACUGUCUCCUUAGAAUAUGGCGCGCUCGUUGAGCCGCUUUCAGUAGCUUUCCAUGCCCGCGACCGAGCGAAUCUGAAGCCGGGCUCAACAGUCCUCAUUCUAGGUGCUGGCGCAGUCGGCCUGCUUGUCGCAGCAGCAGCAAAGGUAUCAGGUGCCAAAUCAGUAAUCAUUGCCGACAUUCAAGAAGACCGCAUCAAUUUCGCAGUCGAGAACGGCUUCGCGGAUGCCUCGGUGCUUGUACCGAUGGCGAGACCACAGACAAUUGAAGACAAACUGGCAUAUGCAAAAGAUCUGGCAGAAAAGAUCACUUCGACAAAAGUGAAGGGCGAGGCCGUGGGAGAGGUUACUGCUACGUUUGAGUGCACUGGCGUUGAGUCGUGUAUGCAGACUGCCAUUUACUCGACACAGGCCGGUGGUAAGGUCAUGAUCAUUGGCAUGGGAAAUCCGAUUCAAACUUUACCGCUUUCUGCCGCGGCGCUACGCGAAGUUGACCUCGUUGGUGUCUUCAGAUAUGCGAACAACUACCCUGAUGUUAUCAGCAUGCUGGCUAGCAAGAAUGCUGCGCUACCAGAUGUUGGCAAGCUUAUCACACAUCAGUAUAACGGAUUCGACGAGAUUCCCAAGGCUUUCGAAAUGGCUGGAAAAGUGAAAGACGAGAAGGGUAACCUCGUUCUGAAAGUUAUGGUUGGUAUGUAA